CCUCGUCGUUCUUCUGAUCCGCCGGGGCCUCCGCGCGCCCCUCCCCCGGCGCCUCAGGACGAGCCUCCCGCGGUCCCGGCGGCUCCGAGGCUCUUCUGGAAGCGGGGCAGAGCAGAGCAGAGCCCUUCCGCCUUGAACGCGGGCCGGCGGAGCUCCCCGGGGCCGGCUCUGCCCGGGGCCGGUUCCUCCCACCCCCCCCGGGGCCGCCUGAGAUUGCAAGAAGACCCUCCUGUGGGUGUCAGUGGUGCACCAUCUGAGAAUAAUAUAAUGCAGUGGAAUGCAGUUAUAUUUGGGCCAGAAGGGACACCUUUUGAAGAUGGUACUUUUAAACUAGUAAUAGAAUUUUCAGAAGAAUAUCCAAACAAACCUCCAACUGUUAGGUUUUUAUCAAAAAUGUUCCAUCCAAACGUUUAUGCAGAUGGCAGCAUAUGUUUAGAUAUUCUGCAGAAUCGGUGGAGCCCGACGUACGACGUUUCAUCUAUUUUAACUUCAAUUCAGUCUCUGCUUGAUGAACCUAAUCCAAACAGUCCAGCAAACAGUCAGGCAGCACAGCUUUAUCAGGAGAACAAACGUGAAUAUGAGAAAAGAGUUUCAGCUAUUGUCGAACAAAGUUGGAAUGAUUCGUAACAGCUGCUUUGUUGCUCUCCAUCCUCGUAAUCAUUUAUGUACAAUUUAACUCUCAAUAGAAAGGCUACCAAGAAUUUCAAGUGCCACAGCUCUAAGAAUUUGCAUAAAAACUCAUUUGCAAACAGAAUUAAGCCCUCCAGUUUAGGAAACUUAAAAGCUUGUGUAUCUUGAUUAACAUACUUCUUAUUGCAUGGUAUGAACUAAGUUAUUGCUACAUAAAUUUGUAAUAUAUCCUGUUUGUAUUUUUUUUCCAAGUGUAUAAUGUUGGUGUGGAGUUUUCAUGACAGAAUAUACACAUUUUGUAAAUCUGUACUUUUUCAAAUACUGAAUGCCUUAUUUUUGAAUUCUUUAGAUUUUUAAAUUGGAGAAAAGCACUUAACAAAGUUUUUAUAUAUAAAUAUUUCAUGUAAAACUGUUAAAUACAUAACCUCAGUGCAAGACA